AUGGGUGCUAAAACUUCCAAAUUAUCCAAAGAUGAUCUCGCAAGUCUAAAACAAUCGACAUAUUUCGACCGACGUGAAAUACAGCAAUGGCACAAGGGUUUUCUCCGGGAUUGCCCCUCGGGAACGUUAACAAAAGACGAAUUCACCAAGAUAUACAAGCAGUUUUUCCCCUUUGGUGCCCCAGAAGAAUUUGCCAACCAUGUUUUUAAAGUCUUUGACAGGGACGCAAACGGCACAAUCGACUUUAAAGAAUUCAUAUCGGCGCUCAGCACUACUUCCAGGGGCACACUGGAGGAAAAACUGGUAUGGGCUUUCCAGCUCUACGAUCUGGACCAUAACGGGUCUAUCUCGUACGACGAGAUGCUCACUAUUGUUUCCAGCAUAUAUAAGAUGAUAGGCUCUAUGGUGAAGCUAGAAGACAACGAGGCUACACCAGAGUUGCGGGUCAAAAAGAUCUUCAAACUGAUGGAUAAGAACGAAGAUGGUGAGAUCUCCCUGGAGGAGUUCCGCGAGGCUUCCAAGGUCGAUCCCUCGAUCGUCAGCGCCCUCAACCUUUAUGACGGGUUGGUGUAA